UCGUUGUGGGUCAAGAAACUACCAUACUCAUCUGUAAUACGAUUAUAAAUUACCUUAUUACAGUUCUACAGCUGUUACGAAGCAAUUUGCCUCUUUCUAUUCUCAACAGGAAACAAUUGAAUUACAACGAUACUACGACACACAAUUGCCUCAGAAAAUCACUGUAUACAAGAAAUAAUCAUGUUUGUUUCAUCCAAGAAAAUCAAUUAAACAGAUAAAGGAAACUCGAUAUUAACGGACGACAUUCCAAAUAUUUUAUUAUGAAAUUAAUUUAUUUUAACACACACAUGCGCAGAAUUUGUCAUUCGUCGUGUAUGUAAGGACUACAAGUUGACAACACACGACGGAAUCAGAAAACACCAUACAAAAUGAUCAAGAAUACCGGUUUCGUUCAUCUUCUCGUACCUACACAACUCGUUAGUGUUAAACCGCAAAACAACAGGAAAACAAGACUUUAUUUGUAACUUGACAAGGUUGUUUUUCAUUCAACCGUGAUUGUAUUAUACAUGUCUAUAAAUUAGUCACAUUCCCGUUUCGCAUUAUAAUUGUUCAGUGUUAUACCAGACAUGGUCGAGAUCACAAUGAGAUCGGUUGCGUUUGUGUUUUUAUUUAUCGGGACGUGUUAUUGUCAAGUCGAUUUCAAUGAACGGCCGCGGAAUUUUAGUAUAGAGUUGUUGUAUCAUACACAAGCAGCUACAGGUGGACAUGUUGUGAUAUCACCGUUCGGAAUAUGGACUUUGAUGACUGGUAUUGCCCUUGGAGCGACUGGCAGCAGUUACGAUCAACUCAGCAGAGCCUUCAUCCUGCCAAAGAAUCAAAAUACGCUGAUUUCGGGGUACAGAGGACUCACAAAUGCAGUGCUAGCUGAAGGGAACAAUGGAGUCAGUCUCGCAAGCAGGAAUUUCGUAUUUUUGGACAACGAUUUCACUGUAUUCCCCGCUUUCAAAAACUCCUUGCAAAAUGAUUUUGGUGCUUCGUUGAAAGUCCUGGAUUUCGAUGACCCGAAUUCGGCUCGCAUCGCCAACACCUACAUAGAGAAAUCUGGCGGUCGUGUCUCGAAUGUUCUCAAAUCAGACGAUUUUCAUGAAUCGCGAAUGAUUCUUACAAAUGUGAUUUCUUUUAAAGGACUGUGGCAGUCGCCUUUCAAUGUGACUGAUACUGUUAUGGAACCGUUCUACAACGAAGAGAAGGUAGUGAUUGGAUCUGUCAACAUGAUGUUCCAAAAAGGUACUUUCGCUUUUAGUAACAUGCAGUCACUAAAAUCCUUUGUAGUGGAGCUGCCUUACGGGACGAAUGGGAAGUACUCAAUGAUCGUAAUACUGCCGUAUCCAAACGUGAAAAUCUCGGACAUGUACAAGAACUUCGCCAAAGUCUCUCUAAAGGACAUCUUCAAACGGCUACAGGAUGACGUCGACGCAUUUGGUAUGGAUGACGUAGAUGUGAAGUUACCGAGGUUCCAAAUCAGCACGAAUCUUGUUUUGAACAAGCCAUUAAACGAUAUGGGUGUUUACGAUAUAUUCCAACCGGAUUUAGCCAGUUUCCAGCGAGUGUCGAAGGAUAAUAUCUUCGUGUCCGCUAUCGUACAUAAGGCUGAUAUCGAAGUGACGGAGUCUGGGACCGUCGCGUCGGCGGUGACGACCGCGACUUUCUCCGACAGGAUAUCAGCGCCUUACUUCCAUGCGAACAGACCGUUCAUUUACUUCAUAAUGGAGAAAACGACGACGACAGUGCUAUUCAGUGGUAUUUACUCCAAACCAACUGUUUAUUAAAUACUCAAGACUUUGAAGUGUAUCACGAAAUAGUAAUUGAACUGAAAUGAACUUUAAGUGCGUUAAAAGUAAGAUUAUUUAUCAUUGUUGAGGUGUGUUUCUAGGUUCUAUAUUGGACCUUUAUAGACAUUUAUGUUAUUUAUAUUUCGACGUCUAUUAACAGUUUUGCUUGACUGCAUUUGAUGAGUUCUAUUGUGAAGUAGCCGUCGAAGUGCAGCUGAUGUAAUCAUUAGUGCGACUCUUGUGUGUGAGACGUCAAAAGAAUUAUAAGUUUUUUAUGUGCAA